UUUAAAUCACUUUCACAGACUAAACUGCACAGAUUUCCACACGCAGGCCUGACUGAAGAAGAGGAUCUUGCCAUGUCCAGUGAUGUUAAAAGGGAGGCCGUAUUCCAGGCGACAAAGAUUCGAACCCAUUUGAAACAAGAUGGAAGCUGGAUCAACAGAUCUCAAAAUGUUGAGGACACACAGUCAGAUGUAAAAGCACGUAAACCAGUAAAGCUAGUAAAACCUAAAAAUGUGUCAUCACCUGAGAGCAGUUCAGCCUCUUCCUCCAUCAUGCCAUGUGCAGAGAGUGCUGCCACCUCCUCCAGCCUGGACUCUUCCACACCCACUCAAAGCUCUUAUGUCAUGUCAGCCUUAAGGAAGUUUGAGCCCCUGAACCCAACAGAAAACACACCAGUCAAGAGUGGGUCCAAUCUGGCCAAAAGUGCACAUCCUGUCCUUGAGGACUCCAGGAGAGCACAUGUAGAGAAAGCAGUGGAGACAUCCAUAGUCAAAGCCACAGAGCAACCACUGAAGACACCAGCAGAUGCUUCUGUAAUGGACAUAAUGGAGAAACCUAUAGAUAAAGCUGUAGAGGAACCACUGAAGACGCAUACAGAUGCUCCUAAAUUGGAUGUAGUGGAGAAACCUGCAGUUAAACCUGUAGAGGUACCAUUGAAGACACAUGCAAACAUUCCCAAAACGGACGUAGUGGAGAAACCUAUAGAGGAACCAUUGAAGACAUAUGCAGACACUCCUAAAACGGAUGUAGUGGACAAUAUAGUUAAACCUAUAGAGGAACCAUUGAAGACAUAUGCAGACACUCCUAAAACGGAUGUAGUGGACAAUAUAGUUAAACCUGUAGAGGAACCAUUGAAGACACCUACAGAUGUUCCUGUAAAGAACAUAGUGGAGAAACCUGCAGAGGAAUCACUGAAGACACUCACAGAGACUCCUGUAGAGGGAACAAGGAAGACACCUGAUGGAGCUUCAACAGAUCAAACACAAUCCAGUAGAGUGCUGCAGGACAAAACAGUCAAAACCCUACAUGAGAACCCAGCAAAGCCUCCAGGUACACUGCCUACAGAGAAUAAAGAAGAUGCUACAGUUGAACAAGUCUCAAUAUCACAUGCACCUGUGGUACAGGCUCCACUUCAACCCAGACGAGCAGAAAACCAGCCUACAAGUGAACAUGGGGAACUUUCACUAGUAUCUGCUCUGGAACCUCCAACUACAGAGUCAUCAAAUACAGAACCGACCGAUAAACCCCGUGUGGCAGCCCUGGAAGAGAACCACAGACUGAACAGUCAAGCUGAAUUGAAUGUCAAAGGUAAAACCAUGUGUUCCUUCUGCAAGCUGCCCAUAGAUGGAAAUGUGAAAAUCUCCAUCAACAUUCCUGCCAUUUGCUGCCAUCCGGAUUGUUUUAAGUGUAAUGGUUGCAGCAGUCCUCUGGGUGAUCUCUCUUCAUCUAUGUACCACUAUGCUGGGAAAAUCCUCUGCGAGAAAUGCUUUGAUCAAAUCUUCCAGCUCUGAUGACUCAUCCUACAGCAACCUACACCACUACAACUUAUCACCAUGACACUCAAGCACAUCUCAGAGUCUACCAGCAAAUUUACUGUAAUUCAGCACUAAUUAAAAAAAAAAAAAAAAAAAAAAUUGUCUUUUAUCAGUAGAGGAACUGCUGUCGUAGGUUUAUUGCACAUAAAUUCAACACCGCUUUUCAGUAAAUGGUCAUGUUGUGUGUGCAUGUCUUCCUAUAUACUGACAAAAUUCCCCAUGGGGUUUAAUAAAGUCUUUCUCUCCUUCUGAUCAAUAUA